CACACAUCUGUACUGUCAAAGAUGUGCAGUUAUUGAUGGUGGAGUUUCACAAGACUUUCCAUUUUAUUACUGAACCAGUUUUGAAGAAUUUGUUUUCUUUAUAUUUGUGGACUGAAACCGUUGAAGAUGUUUCACAGAUUUUUGUUCUGUUUGUGUUUGUGGCGUCUGGUUGGAGUGUUUGGUAUUCGAGGUGAAGUGAAGUAUGUGAAAGUGAAGGAGGGAGAUUCAGUCACUCUAAACACUGAUCUUACUGAAAUGAUGGAUAUUGAUGAGAUUCAGUGGUGGUUUAUGAAUGAAAACACUUUAAUAGUUGAAAUCGAUAAACGGGCCGACAGAUUCACUGUAUAUGAUGAUGUUCUUGAUGGGAGAUUCAAAGACAGACUGAAACUGGACAAUCAAACUGGAUCUCUGACCAUCACAAACACCAGAACUGAACAUGUGGGGAUUUAUGUACUACGGAAAACUGGAGCAAAACGGUCAUUAAAAGCUUUCAGAGUGUCUGUCAAUGUUCAUCUACCUGUUCCUGUCAUCAGCAGAGACUGUCCUUCAUCAUCGUCAUCAGGAUCUCAUCCCAAUCCCAUCUGCAACCAGACUCAACAUCUGGACAUCACUCACCUCUGUCACACAUGUUCAGACUCUGUCCACUGUUGUGGUCCUACUGAAGCUGUGAUCCGAUUGGUCGUCACUGCUUUGGUGGGCGUGGCUGCAGUGGCUGCUGUUGUUGUUCUAGUUUAUGACAUCAGAUCCAGAAGAGCUGAACAAGGUCAAACACAGAUUCACACAUCAGGAAGUAUUGAAAUCUGAAGCAGAACGCUGAACUUAAAGGUUCUUCAAAUGUGUUUUUUUUUUCUUAGUGUUUUUGUCAUAAUAAAUACUGAUGUUGUGUUGAGUUUUUUUAAGUUUGAAAAGCUUUAUUGUUUAUAUUUCACUCAGAUAAGAGACACAGAUCUCACUUUACUGCUUCUGCUGUUCAU